UAGUGUAGGAAAACGCAAAAAUGCGGUUAAGCAGUGCUGCACUGCAUUUUUUGUUUUGUUGUGAAAUAGAAGACUGAAAUUCGUAGUUUUGAAAUUAAACUACAUACAUACAUAUUCGUUGGAUAUUUUGGGCUCCCAAUAGUACAAGUUUAUGUUCAAUAUUUGUGUGGGUAAAGCCAAAAAAGCAUGGACCAUGUAAAUGAAAGUGAAAAUGAAAGCAUCUCCAACGAAGCGAAGGCAGCCGGAUCUGAAGGAAGUGUUAAAAGGAAAAUAUCUGCCGACAUCGACAACGAUGCUGAAAAUGAAAUUAAUACUACAGAACAAAGUUGCUGCAAGCGGUUAAGAUCGGGAUUAAACAACGAUGAAACAAAUCUGAUUGCUAUCAAAACAGAACCGCAAGACGAGAAUGAAUGUUUGCCUGAAACUGCAACUAUUAGUUCCAACAUCGAACCAAGCGAGAUGGGCACAGCAGCUGUAAUUAAGCAAGAGAAAACUGAUGAGUCGGACAGCAACAUGCCUGCAGACGGCCCAAGCAACAGCACCGCGACUGGUGUGUCCAGCGAUCUCCCAGUCAGUGUGAAAACAGAACCUACGGUGGGGAGUGUCGACGUCAAAGCUGAACCAGUUGCCAAUAAUACACAGCUGCCUGCAGAUUCCACCGUGACGUCCACUUCGACAAACCUUCGGCAAUCGUGUCGUUUUGGCGUACGUUGCUACAGGCGUAAUCCUGCGCAUCGCUCUGCGGAAGCCCAUCCCGGCGACUCUGAUUAUCGGCGUCCAAGUUUUCCGGCACCGCCUUUAGGCACACCGCCCUGUUCUUUUGGUAACUCGUGUUACCGUCGCAAUCCAGUGCAUUUUCAACAGUAUUCCCAUCCGCCAGAUUUUGAUUCUGCGCAGAAUAUCCGUAACCGUUUGCGACAGCGUCGUCGUCAACAGCCAUGUAGCACCAACGAUAUUAACACCUCCGACUCCGAAGGGUCAGAGGAUCCCUUUGAUGCUGACACUGAUGAGGAGUAUAAUCCCAAGGCAGAUAAUGACAAUGAUGAUGUAGAUGAAGAAGAGCUGGAGUUUGAUAGCCAGCGUAUAAACUCAGACGAAUUUGAUUAGUUGUUAUAUUACAUAUUUUUAAUGAGAGUAUGAAGCUAUUAAUAUGAAUAUUGUUACAAGUUACAAAGUUUAUUUUUAAUAAAAUCCCUCAUCAACGUC